AACGUCUUUGGUAAAACCGCAUUUUGAGCGGAUUUCACUCACUACUUGAGAUAUAAUUCUAAUUUACUAGUAUUUGUGACUCUCUUCUUUUCCAUAUAUCUUUCAUAAUGAGGGUUUUCUUGAUAUAAAUGUGCAAGCCUCCUUCAAGCUAAUUUAUGUUCUGUGCGAUGUUUUAGAGGGAUUGUUUACAGACCACCUUUUUUUAGAAGAAUAUGAAAAUAAUGAUUCAUCUAUAUUUUAACAGAUUUGUGUAAUUACGUAAUUUCCCUAAAAAUAUGUAAUAAUAGUUCGUUACUAUUUGAAAAAUAUCACCCUCGAACUAAUAUUAGGGGAAAACGCUUCCAAGCAUUGACUUGGCAAAUAUCCUUCACCCCCAUUGACAAGAGGUAAAUAAAGCACCCAUGAUUAAACAACAUGGCGGUUGACAGUAAUCUGGGUUAGCAAGAAAUGUAGACAUUCAUCUCUACAUCUUUGAAAAGCACUUAGUGCUGAAUUUUCGGGAAAAAAAGUAAAUUAGCUAUCUAUUCUCCUGCUGAAAAAACAACGGAUUUCAGGUUUCUACUUGUUCGUUGAUCUCAACGACAGAAUGAGCAACAUCUACAUUCAAGAGCCUCCAUCGAAUGGAAAGGACCAACUAUAUGGACAACAUGUAAACUAUCAUUCCAUAGAGUGGUGCCAGAGUUCAUUGUCCAAGGAGGAGAUCCCACAGGCACCUGGAUGGUGGAGUGUCCAUGGACGGCAGUUCAAGGAUGAGUUCCACUCCAGACUGCACUUCAACAGAUGAGGCCUGGUUGCCAUGGCCAACGCAGGGCCCCAUGACAAAGGCAGCCAGUUCUUCUUCACCCUUGGCCGGGCAGAUGAGCUCAACAACAAACACACCAUCUUUGGAAAGGUGUUACAUUCUCCCUUCGAUGACAUCAUUCCACGUGAAACAAAAAAAUCCCAAAAGGAUGAAGACAAAAAAAUAGGGAACUUUAGUCUGGUGUCAUUCGGAGAGGAAGCUGAGGAGGAAGAGGAGAUGGUAACUCAAGUCAGCCAGACACUGAAGGGGAAAAGCAAAAGCAGUCAUGACCUGCUGAAGGAUGAUCCACUGCUUAGCUCUGUCCCCACAGUCAACAAGGAGAGGAUGAUGAGGCUGCAGAGGGAGAUGCGGAUGGUGAUGAAAAGGAGUAUGACUCUGAUGAGAGGCAGGAAAUGAGGGAGAGUAUCUCUAAGAAGAUGGAGGAGAAGAGUACAGACCCCAGUGAGGAGGACAGAGGGAAGAGGACCAACCGCAGGUUGAUUACACCAAAAUGAUGUACCAUCCACAGCAUAGCCUAAAUGCCUUUUACACACCUCUUUUUCAUUUGGGGAAUGUUUUCUCACAUGUUACGCUAUAAUAGCAUUGUUUACAUUACUUGUUCAUCAGUUUUCAGAGUUUAUGCCACUUUUUCUUAAAGGCCCAAUUCAGCUGUUUUUAUAUUAUCAAAUCAUUUCUGGAUAACAGUUAAGUACCUUACUAGCUAGGUUUCUAUCUAAUUGUCGACAGAUUUUUAUGCAUAAAAACAAUAUUUUCCUACCAGAGAUGUGUUUCUGUCAAAUUGACUUGUUGCAGAUUAAAGGCUGUACGUGAUGAUAUAGUGCACAUAAAAAUACCUUUUGCAGUUAAA